UGUGAGCCAGGAUCACCGCUGCGGAGCUCUUGGUGAAGAACCGCAGGGAAACAAUGAAAAUCGAGGCGAUGGAGCCGUGAAACAGCGCUAUACGGGAAAGGGGGGCGCAGGCUCCAGGCUCCAGGCUCUUACAACUGAAAGAGAAAGUGAGGACAGAAGAAACUGAAGCUUACACAAGAGGCUGUCUGACCCCAUGUCUGCUCCUGCUCCAGCCAAUCGGAGGUCUGUGUCGGGCUCUCGCCGAUUUGACUACUGCAGGUUCAUAGAGCUAGACUACGUUCCCAUGGAGGCAGGCUAUAUGGUUUCAAUGCGCCCAACUAAAGGCUAUGCAUCAACCAAGUCACCAAGUAAAGGAUACCCUUCCACCAAGUCUCCGGACCGCCACAGCCGUUCAACAAACUCUCCCUCCACCCCUCGUUCUCGGCGGACUCCAGCUGCGCCCAGUAAUAGAGAUCCCUAUGGCAAUGCCUCCUUCAGCAGCAGCAGCAACUCAGGCUCUUGUAAAGGCAGCGACUGCAGCCCCACCAAAGGACGUCACCAGAAGUACACAUCAUGUACGGACAACCAUGGUAUCCGGCCCCCUCCACCAGAGCAGUACCUCACACCCCUGCAGCAGAAGGAGGUGUGUAUCAGACACCUGCGGGCCAAGCUAAAAGAAACCAUCAACACUCUUCAAGACAGGGACACAGAGAUAGAUGAGCUGAGAGGGCAGCUUUACAGAAUGCAGGAGGACUGGGUUGAGGAGGAAUGUCACCGUGUGGAGGCUCAGCUGGCCCUAAAGGAGGCUCGUCAGGAGAUCCACCAGCUCAAACAGGCCGUGGACACUGUCCGUGCCAGGCUCAGUGACGCCGGGGGACUCAGUGGGGACAUAGGGGUUCAGAAGUACUUCCAGGACAUCAACACUCAGAACCACAAGCUCGAGAACCUUUUGCUCAGCAUGGAAUUAGCCCAGGCUGGGUUAGCCAAGGAGGGGGAAGCCAUACCAGGCUGUCGGAUCCGUGUCGGGGGUUCAGCACCAGCGUCUGUAUCAGGUGAAAGUCCAGGGGGAAUACCCAAACCUGCAGUAGGUGGGAGGGGGUCUUGCUCCUGUGAUGGUUCCCCAGCCCGUUCUCUGACCCGGAGCUCCACCUACACCAAGCUGAGUGAUCAGGCACUGGCAGACAGGAACGGCAAUGGGCCAGACUUUCCUUGUCUGUCAGGUGAUGGCACCCAGGACAGCGGCUUUGUAUGCUGUGGGGAGAGCAGCAUCCCCAGUCGGGCUGACCUGCUGCUGGAGGCAGCCUUCCUCUCUGAGGAAACAGCAUCUUUACUCAACUCCUAUGCGCAGACCUUUUCCCACUCUCUGCCCAGCUCCAUGCCCAGCUCUCUGCCCAGCUCCAUGCCCAGCUCUCUGCCCAGCUCUCUGCCCAGCUCUCUGCCUCACACCUUCUCCCAUACUUUACCUCAUUCUUUCCCUCGCAACUUGUCACACUCUAUGCCCCACACUAUGCCACACUCCUCCACCUAUGAGAAGCUUUGCACAGGUGAGCGGCUGGCACCCGUUCGUUGCGGCUUGGGUGGAGUGAGCUGUAUGAGCCACCCCUGCCUGUCCCACCAUCACCUGUACCUGCAUCCUCUGCGGGAGACGGGCAUUCAGACCGAAAGCUGCCCCAUCCCAGCAACAGCAGGUUACCCUUCUGACCUAGACACUAUCGCGGAGCAACGCACUUUUCGCUCCCAGGCCUGCAGCCCCACCUCCACCUGGAUGUCUGAUGAGGGGGAGGAGGAGCUGGACUCCAUCACCACCACCACUUCAGUAACCACAGCAACAGUCAUGAGCACAGCCACAGAGCCAAUCCCGGUCUCCAAAACGCCGCUGGUCCCUCCCCUACCACGGUCUGCCACUGUGGCGUGUUCCAUGGAGAGUCCUCUGUGUGAAGGGAAGGAGGGAUGGGAGGAGGAGGAAAAGCAGGAGAAGGAAAAGAGAGAGAAAGAAGCUGCUGAAACAGAGAAGCGGGAGGAAACAACAGUGAUCCGACUGGCAGAAGAAGGACAGCGGACGCAGAUGGCCUCAGUGGAAGGGAAUGUGGUGGAAAGUCCGGGUGCAGUGGAGGAAGUAGCACUGUGCGAUUUAGAAGAAACAACAGCAAAGAUGGAGGAUGAGCUUAAGUUUGGGGGAUGCAUUGGAGAAGGCAAGCAGGGUGGAAGAACACUGGAAAACCUCAGCCUGGAAGAGAGGCACCAAGAGGUUGAUCAAUUAGCAGGAUCAACCCAGGCAGAGACAGCAGAGCUGAGUCCACCUUGCCCAGGACCAUCACCAGGCGUAGAACAGCCUCACACCUCCCAGCCAAGGAGAUCUACUUCCCAUGAAGAGAUAGCUGGUGUCAUUGUCGUGGAGGUGCAAGAUAACGAUGAUGAAGAUGAAACUAAAGAGCAAGGUGCCACAGGGGAUGACGCAGCGGAGGAGGAAGACUCCACCUCUGGGCAAAUUCAGAAGAGCUACUGGAGUCGUCACUUCCUGGUGGAUCUGCUAGCAGUGGCCAUCCCUGUGGUGCCAACCGUGGCAUGGCUCUGCCGCGGUCCAAUCCGUGGUGGACAACCCAUAUAUCAUAUAGGGUCAUUGCUGCGGGGCUGUUGCACUGUGGCGCUGCACUCGCUGCGCAGGGGAGGUGGGUUGAGGCAUUACCCCGCAGGCGGGGGAGACCUGGGUGGAUCACAGAUUUAAGAGAAGAGUCUGUUUAGCCCUACAACCUCUCCUGUAUGGGUCUGGGUCCUUACCUACUUGGAAGAUAGCUGUUGUGUGAGAAGACAAGAGAAGGAACUUUCUGUCCUGCAUUUGUCAUCAAAGUUAAUAGCUGAGGGAGCAUCAAGAACAGGAAAUGUGCACUCAUGACUAAGAUCUGUCACUGGUAAAGUCUGUUCUCUUUGGUCCUUCUUGUUGUUGUCUCUCACCCACUGGUCUCUGUUGUUGCUACCAAGAUUUCUGCCAACACUACUGACUUGUGCAAAUCUGAAUGAACUGAUUGAAAUGAAUGAUCGAUGCUUGGAUGUUUGAUGCUGAUUGUUUUGUGUUUAAAUGCAGGGAAAAUGUUAAAGGUUCAUUGAUAGGUCAUCAUACCAGUCUGACUCAGUUCUGACAUGUUCAAAAGAUCACGUGUUGGUGAGUGUGUACAUGUACAGUGUGUACACAGGUGUAUGCAUAACGUGAGUCUGUAACCAAAUGGUCUUGUCUGUAGACGAGCAACACUCUACUCAAUGAAUUCACAAUUCUUAUGACUGCAGACAGUUUGGGCUUUUCUUUGAGUCUAAACGACUGAAACAAUGGAGCUCCUUUACUUUCAGGAAACAACAAUGUAGACACAGAACUCAGGUAGAUUCUAAAGGUAGAAACACAUCAAACAUGGAAAGGCUGCCAUGAACCUUAGACACCUCCCACACUCAGCUGCUGAAUAAAUCAUGCUGCAACACAGUUUGAUGCUGCUUCCUCUGCUUUUUCUGUUUUUGCUAGGCAGACACUGUACAGAUUAAACCCAAUUUAAUGUCAAAUUAGUUGCCUCCUUAACAAUCAGGCCAAAUUGCAGAGCAAUUGGUUGUCAUUUGACUUCAGUUUGAGAGGGUCGCAAUGUUUGAUUAAUUGCUUGAACAAUCAGUGAUCUGGCUUUUUGACAAUUGGAUGGAUUUCUUGCAUGUCAGAAAUGGUUGGCUGUCUUAAGCUGACUGAAAUGUGUCUGAAAUCCGAUUUGCUGCAUGACUGUUGUCAAAAGAUCUGUCAUAAUUUGUUGUGAACUUGUUUUAAAGAUAUUGAAACUCUUGCUGAAAGUUACAUGAGAAGAUCAAGAAGAAGUAGCAGGUAAUUAGCUUAGCAUAGCAUACAGACUGAAUUCCAUCUUCCCAAGGGAUACAUUACCAUCUAUUUCCCCUUUCUUCAAAAUUGACUUACAAUAUAAAUAUGCAACAUAAUCUGCUCUUUACUUUCCCUCAACCCCAACAUGCCCAGGAGCUUCAUAGCCCAUCCUCCCAAUUCUACGCAAGACAGUCAAAUUUUAAUUAGUAAGCUCAGGUCUCAUGCAGGAUUUGUCACCUCUCAUAGAAAAUGAAUGGAAACUGGCUUCACCCAGCUUACCGUGUUCGAUGUGUUUCUACCCUCAGAGUAUAAUUACAUUUCCAGAUAUCAAACAAGGCUGAUUCGGAUGCUAAAACAUAAACUCAUGUUUAAUACUCCACAAAGUUGGUUCAUAGUUAAUUAGUUAACAGAUUUAUUCAACUGAGCAAAAAAUGCUACAUAUUUUGUGACUGUAACCAAACCUCAUUAUGUUUUCCUCCAUCUUCUCCACACACAGCAUCCCUCUGGGCUUUGACUGUGAAGUUACAGCCCCAAUCAACUGCACCUUAAUUUUUGACAUUUUGGGAAAUACUUUAAUUUGCUUUCUUGACAAAAGUUAGAUGAGAAGAUUGUUACCAAUCUCAUUUUUAUGCUAAAUAUGAAGUUAGAGCCAGCAGGCGAUUAGUUUACCUUAGCUUAGCAUAAAGACUAGAAGUGGGGGGGUUGGCUAUGUCCAAAGUUUAAAAAAUUUGCCCACCAUCACCUCUUCAUUUUACCAAAAAGUAAUAGCUCCAGUAUCUAACUCCCUGUUAAACCACAACUUGUUUUUACAUUUCUGUUUGUGUGCAGACUAAACAGACAAGGAGAUGUAACAAGUUAAUUUUUUAAUGUUUUGAGGUGCUGGUUGCUUAACGGUUGUGUCUGUUUCAAGUCUUUAUGCUACACUAAGCUAAUCGUGGCUCUGUCCAAAGCUCUUAAGUAGUGUUUUUUUCUGUAAAUCUAUUUUGUUCUUGGGUUUCAGGCUACAUGAACAACAUGGACAUUAUGUUUUAGGGUGAAAUUUUGCCUAUCCUCAGCCAUAUAGUUGGCCCUUGUACCCUGAAGCUUAUAUUCAAAGCUAACUCAGUUGAACUAUCGAAUUAUUGAAAAUAACUAAGUCAUAUUAUAAUCAGACACUUAGUUUGUAGAUACUCACUUGCUCAGUUUGACACAUUGAUGUAGAUCUGAAUGAAGUGAGAAGUGCUCAGUCUAUGCUCCGUGCUGUAUAUUUCUGCUAACUUUAAUGCUCUUUUGGUGUAGUUUAACUGUCACUCUGGUAGCGUGUAUUUCAAGUCCACUGUACAAGUCCGUCAUUGCAAAUAAAUCAACUUUAUUUGUUUAACAUAUCAUUCUGCAAAGCAUUUCUAGACAUGAAGCAUUACAUGGCACAUUACUCUCAAAAUGUAAAUCAGUAUCUGAGGUCUGGGGUGUGAUCGCAGUUCAGGAUCGGGGUGUUUUGCUUUGUGUGAAUGUAUGUAUUAUGAAAGGACUCUAUGAAAGUGGCAUCUGAUGGUGACUGUAAAAUGAUCAAACAAUUUGUCUCACUGUCAAGAGAUUCAUGAGCCAAACGUGUAUCAAGAAAUGCCCCGACACAACCAGCAAGAGUAGUCUGACGCCAACUGAAAUGUUUAGUUCUUCGGUGAAGAAAUAAGCAGCAUGAAUCAAUUUUUUUAACCAUUUGGUUGACAUAUUUUGCACUAUUGUUCACUUUAUGAAUUUUAAGCAAUUACUUGAAGAUUGUAUGUGUAUCCAAUGUGUUGUAUGUCCCCUGAGAUAUGAUUGAUAGUUCUGUUGGGUCUGCAGUGUCAUUUAAGAUUUAUAUAGUACAAAUAAUGCUCUAAAGCAAAAAUUAAAUUGCUGGUCCCAGUUCAAGUGUAACUAAGAAAGUGCAGACAUUUUCAGGAAGACCCUAAAAAAUACUACUACGAUAUGUCACUAUUUCUCUGAAUACUGUUGCCUUUCAUGCAUGAAAAGAGCUAAUGAUCUCGGCUCUUCACAUCUGGCCACAAUGUAUAUCUACAGGCCACAAAAUAAAGAACACUGUAUGCUGUUGUAAAAACACACAGGUAGAAAAUGAGCAGUUGUGCUAAACUGUCAAAAUGUGUAAGACAUCAGUGACAAUCAUGACAAUCCCUCGUUUGAUUUUCACUUCCUACCAGUUCAUCAAUCUGAAGGAGCCACGAAAGCAGUGGCUGUCAAUAAUGCAUCGAGAUCCCUGAAAAGAUCGAAUGAAUGCCUUUAGAGACACACAGGACUGUCUCUUCUGUACUAACACUUUCGUACAUUUGCUCACCCACAACCUUCACUUAACAUCACUCUCGCCAUCAGUCGAGCACUGGCUGUGUUCCCAUCUACUGACUGACUGUGUGAACCGCUUGGCUAAAGUGGAUUAGGAGGCUAAAAUAAUUUCAUGUUUUACAAAAAGCCAUAUAAUCCUGUGAGGGAACACGUGUGAGAAUGUGGGAGGUGGCCUCCUCCUCUCUAUAUUAAUGUAUUAUGUAACAAAAAACUGUAUUGAUGAAAGUCAUGUGAAUGAUGUAUCAGCAGUGUGCUGUGAUUUGAGUCAAACUCUCCUGCUGUCAUUAAACUUAAGCUGUCAUGACAAACAGGGUGAUAGAUAGAGGUGAUAUGUGAUAGAGAACUUGUGAUGCUGCAUUAAACUUGUGUUGAUCUGAGGUUCAGUUCAGGCUUUUUGUGGGUAGCAGUCAUCAUCACACCCCCUUAAUUUACCACUACGCACAACAGUCUACACUUGUGACUGCAUUGUAGUGCAUUGUUAUUGGUGUAUUACUGAGCCCCCAAAGUCCUGAAAAAUUAUAGUGUUUUCGUCUUGUGCACACAAAUUAUCUUGUUAGCACAAGUUAUUAUCUUUUGUGCACAAGUCAUCUUGUCUUGUGCACACAAAUUAUUACAUUGUUCUUGCAUGUUGUCAGUUAAUAUUUUGUGCAUGCAAGUUAUUAUUUUGAAUGCACCUGAGAUUAUCUUGUGUUUAGCAAUUUGAUAAUUGAUUAAUUGUUUAAAGCUAAAAAGCCAAAUAUUCUUUGAUUUCAGCUUUUCA